GUACGAGACUCUUUUGCAAACCGCAUUGCCAGAGAGCGGGAGAGCGUAAUGGGCACACACAACGCACCGCCGCCAAGAAGGUGGCAAAGCGACUGAAAAAAUACAAAACCCCUCACGUAGGUUUAGUUUUUGGUCGCUCUCGGGUUGUGCAGCACACGUUGUAACAGACACGGCCGGUUGUUCGUUCGAAUUUUUGUGUACCUAUCGUGUGUUGUGGCCGCCGUUCGUGAUUUUCUCCGAAAUCAGCAGUAGUGAUCGGAAUCGAACCCAUCGCUUCGGGGAGUGAUUGAUAAUCGAUUGGUCGGAGUGAUAGAAUCGAGCGUCGUUUCGUUUCGAAUAAGGGUCAGCGUGAGAUUCAAAUGAAGAUCAAACGACGAUAAGCGCGCACUCAGCAGCGGUGCGAGCGAGUGAGUGAGUGACGUGAAAUCGACUGAAACGAUCAGUCACAGUGCGAUAACAAUCGCGAACGGAAAUGUCAAACUUUUAUCGCAACAGUGCGAUUUUCCCGUGAAGGUGUUUUUCCUCGGUUCUGUUUUGAACUGACGGUUCGUCGCUCUCCCGCUCCAGAACGAACGUCGUCUGGUGGUCCGGUUGCUCGUGAGUGAGUGUGAGUGAAUCGUCACGGGUGUGUUAGUAAGUGCAUUCAGUCAGUGUGGUGAGUGAGCACGCAGAAGGGGGUGUGAGAUGCACAGUGGAAAAAAGUGCUGCAAUUUCGGUCGGGCACACGUGUCGCCGUGCUGCAGCCGUUGUUGUCGUUGUCGGUAACCUGUCAAACGAAAGUUCACUCAGUGCUCUGUGCCUUUUUUCGGCGGAACUCGCGCGCACUCUGUGUAAUUUUAUUCAUGUUUGUAAUAAAUAUUAAAGUUGAAAUAUUUUUCUGGCGAUAAAAGCGAAAAGAUUGUGAACAAAGUUGUUACUCAGCAAAAAAGCGAUAAAAAGUCCCGAUAGACCGACCGAGUGAGCAAGAGUGCGCUGUUUGCCUCGAAGAGACACGGCCGGCGGGAGGAAACAAGCGCAAAAACAAAAUCAGCAUUUCCAUCACAAUCAAAACGUUUUGAUCUCUUCAGCAGUCUCAGUUCGGUUUGUCUCGGCAUUUGGUGUACGCGGUGUACGCCAGUCUGCACUGCCGAAAAAAAAGUGUCGAAAGCGCAGUCCAACCGAGCGAGCUACCGGCGGCCUAACGAGUGCUCCCGCGUGGAGCAUUCAAUAAAUAAAAUACACAUUUUAUGCGAUUUUUGCCAUAUCUCCACGCAAAUGACUCAUAAACGGCGGCAGCGCAAAAACGGAAACUGAGCGACACCAGCACUGACUGGAGUGGCAAUCGUGUCGAAGCAAGCUGUGAUGAUCGGCCAACCGCCGGCACGCCACAACGCAGCACUCAUCAUAAAAACAUAAACGUCAAAAUAACGCGCGACGCCCCGGUCUCGCAGCGGUUGCCAAGCUUCCCGAAUGGUUGACGCGAGUCGAUUUCACCGGUAGUCGCGCAUCCGUUAUCGAACGUCACAACAGUUCUACCGAUUAAUGAAAUAAUAACACGAACAACGUGCAAAUAAAUAGUUCGAUUGGGGACGCGUGGGUGUUAGGAGGUGGCCGGUGCACCCGUGUUGCCAUCUUUGUUGUUUCGGUGAGCCGCGCUGGCUGGGACAGCGAAACGAAUUGUCACAACGAGUGCUUAAUCCGCAUACAUAUUUAUUUUUCGCGAGUCGCUGUGGAGCAAGGGAAAAAAAUCUUCGGUGGAACAAAAACAUCGAUUGAACUGCUGCUGGUCGCAGUAGGCGGUGGAGCUUAGCCAAGCAGAAUAGUAGGCGAGAGCUAUGACCGUCGAGCAGAGCCUGGAAACCGAGACAACCGUAAUGGGAGACGAUGAGGAAGCUGCUGAUGAGCAGCAGUCGUUACCUCAGGAGCAACAAGGAAAUUCCUCAUCAAGCAGCACUAGCAGUAGCACCAAUUGUAGCGAAGUAGGCGGCGAAACAGAAAUGAUCAACUCACGGCCUGCUUCGGUUCAGAACGAAACGGAAGAGGAACCUGCAAACGAAACGAACGCCCCGGAAGAAGCGGCACCCUCGCCAGCUCCUUCUACAGCCACCCGUAGCAGUAGGACACCCUCGGUGGCAUCACCUCCCCCUCCUCCUCCAACAACCGCUAUGAGCGAAUCCGACUCAGAGCGAGGGGUCUCCUCUCCGGAGAAGAUCGAAAUCAAAGUCGAACCCGACUUUAUGAUCGACGAAAAUCAAAGGUCUCCAGAGGAAGAUCACAACGAAGUGAGUAAAUCUCCAGAGCUGAGCACCGGUCAGCUUCCCAUGCUUAGACUGAAUGCCGCCUUGGCCGCCGAUCCAGCGACCAAUCCGGACGCAAAAGAUCUUAAGAAUAUCACAGCCGCCAAUGAUAGUCAAUUCGAGAAGAACAGUGAAUCGGAUUACCAGUCGGUGGGCGGUCCGCCUGCGCAGGCAAUCAUGCGCAAACCUAGCAAACCAGAUAACAUUACCAUUCCGAUCACCGUGGACCUACCGCCUCGGAUACCAAUGUACAUGUGCGGUCCUUGUGGCAUCCGGUUCUCAUCGGCAUCCACCCUGGAAGCCCACCAGACCUACUACUGUUCCCAUCGGAAAGACGCCGACGAGAACAACGGAGGUGUGAAGAACGCCCAUCCUAACGACCCUAACAGUUCCGAACCGCCAGCUAAGGCGGCCAAAACCGGCAAGCAAUACGCUUGCACCCAGUGUUCGUACAGUGCGGACAAGAAGGUCUCUCUAAACCGUCAUAUGCGUAUGCAUCAAUCGUCACCGGCACCAAGUUCGAACACGUCCAACGGAGACGACAGUACCGCUAGUCAACAGCUUCAGCUGCAAUUUCAAGUCCAAGCGGCCGCUGCUGCAGCCGCCGCAGCCGCUGCUCUUCAGCAACAACAACAACAGCAGCAGCAGCAACAACAACCGCCACCUCAGGUAGACCGGUAUUGUUCCGAUUGUGAUAUUCGGUUCUCCAGUACCAAAACCUACCGGGCGCACAAGCAGCACUACUGCAGUUCGCGGCAUAGAGAAGGGCAAUCGAAUAACAGUACGCCGAAGCCGCAGCACAAAUCCGGUUCACAGAGCCCUCCGGAUGUUCCUAAAACGCCCCCGGUGGCUCCGCAGCAGCCGUUCCUGGCACUUCCAACCAACCCCAUUAUUGUGAUUCCAUACUCGUUGAUCCGCGGUGCCAGCGUCAUCCCGGCACUAUUAUCAAGCCUCGCGCCGGGAAUCUCCAAUCCGGAGUCAGCCUGCUUCAUCUUCCAGAACGGAGCGCUUCAGCCGAUAGCCGUUUCUGCUGCAGCAGCCGCCGCAGCUGCAGCCAAUGCAGCCGCUGCUGCCGCUGCGAGUGUACAACAGGCGCCGACGCCACAUCAGCCGCCGCCACCGCUAGGGGGUUCCGGUUCUCAUUCGCGGGUCCAAACGCCGAACGUCGGCGGCAGCGAAAGCAGUUCCAACAGUAACAACAGCACCGGCGAAGUCCUGAAAGCCGUCAACAAACGGGACAAUGUCAAAGAAUCUUCCACCCCGCUGGACCUAUCUGUGCGAGGAGGUAAUCUCCGCGAGCGAUCGCUAUCGCUCUCCUCAGCCAUAUCAGUCGAACAGCUCCGCAUGGACUUCGAUAGCCUGAUGGAAGGCAAAGAGAAUCUCUCGGUCAGUGGUGACUCCAUCACGCCUGAGCAGAUCGUUUGUGCUCCAUCACUUCCCGGAAGUCCACCGCUAACGCCGUCGCCGAAACGGCGGUCCAACAGCCCUCGAGGUGGAGGUGGUGUAGGUGGCUCCGGAAGUGGAGCCGGUUCCCGGGGUGACCGUGACGGUUCCGUAUCCAUAUCUCCACUUACAUUACAGCAACAGCAACAACUGCUAAUGCGUCCUCUACUUCCGGCGGACAUUGCCCUGCGGCUCUCGGCAGCUGACCCAGCACUUAAUCUCAAUCUCAAUAUACUUCCCAACUCGUCUCUGCUCACUCAAAAAGGAGUCGAGCUUGCCCUCCGGCUUUCAUCAGGCUCCAACAGUAACUGCGUGGAUCCUACUUCGAAAAACCUCUCGCAGCCGCAGAUGUCUCCUCUGUUGAACAGCAUUUCACCGACCAACAACGUCCAGGUUCCGGUCCUCCCGAGCACUCCUCAGAUCUUCGUCAAACAGGGUGACUCCAAGUGCAAAGAGUGCAAUAUAGUCUUCUGCAAGUACGAGAACUACUUAGCCCACAAGAAGCACUACUGCUCCGCUCGGAAUCUGGAUCCGGACGAGGACAACCCGAAAACUAGUCCUCCAAUAUCUCCGCAAGCUGCGAGUCCUUCCACGCCGACUGGCGCUGCCGCGUCGGUGCUUGGCGGUGGUGCGCGAAGUUCCGGCGGUGGUCCACCGGUUGCCUAUCAACAGCUGAUUUGUGCGGCCUGCGGCAUCAAGUUCACAUCCCUGGACAACUUGAGUGCCCACCAGAUGUACUACUGUCCGAAGCGAGUGGAUGUACAAAUUCCGACGGCUGUGGUACCGCAGAAAGAACGCUGCUCCAAGUGCAAGAGCAUGCACGAACCGGGACAGCCCUGCACCGUGGCCGGACAGGGAGCUUACAAGUGUCCCAUCUGUGAAACGAUUAGUCCAAAUUCGACGGAAGCUCGCCGCCACAUGGAUACCCACGGUGGUGUGAAGGCGUUUCGGUGCACAAUCUGUCGCUACAAGGGCAACACGUUGCGCGGUAUGCGAACUCACAUCCGGAUGCAUUUUGAUAAAAAGACGAACGAUUUCAACGAGGAGAACUACAUCACGUGUAUCCUGGAGGAGGACGGUAUCGAGAUACCUCCGGCCGCAGCUGUAGCGUCCGCAGCAGCUGCAGCAGCCGCCGUUGCCGCUGCAGCCGCCACCACAGCACAACUGAUGAAUCAAGCUGUGGCAGCGGCACAAGCUGCCAGUCAGCAGCAGCAACUGCCAUCUACACGUCACAUGGAGAACAACAGCAGCAGUCCCUCGGGGCAGCUUCAUUACUGUGAACUCUGUCCGUAUUACUCCGCCUACAAACUGAAUGUGGCGAAACAUAUCAAACUCAUCCAUGGUCGGGAACGACCCCCCAGCAAUUCUCCGUUGAUCGGCGAAGGAGGUGAAUCUUUAAUCUUCAACGGAGACAGCGGCAACUCGACGCCACGUCCUCCGGUCAGCAGCACUCCAGGACCCAACGUCAACAGUCUCAUCAAAACCGAGCCCGAGGAUGACCGACCAGACGAUACCGACGUCGACGUUGACGUAGUCCUAGAAGAACCCGAAGUGAUCAUCAAAACUGAAGUUCCGGAACAGCCGGCGAACCAACUGAUGGGCUCGCCACCUCCGCCUCCCCUUGUUCCAAGUCAACCCCAGCAUAAAGUCAAACCCCUGCAAUCCAUCGGUGCCGGAAGUCUCAAAAAAUCCCCAAACCACCAAUCCCAGACCAAGACUCCGUCGCCUCCGGGCUACAUCGGAGAGAUCAACCACAGCGGACCGAACUACUGCGACGCGUGCGACAUAACCUUCAACUACGUCAACACGUUCAUUGCCCAUAAAAAGUUCUACUGCAAGAACAGCCAACAGGACGGCGGUGCCGGAACAGCCGGAGGGGCUCCCGCGAGCCUUCGAGCGGCGUCCGCUGGUUCGCCAAACAACGUGGUCGCCGUAUCCAGGGCAACGGAAACGUCAGUUUAGAAACCAAGCAGGCAUUGCCUUCCAUCGUUGGGUUCGUUUCCAAUGCAUCCAACAACAACAAUGGUAGGUAGCUAUACGUGCUCUGCAUUCUAUACUAAAUCUAUGAUGAUAGGUCGAAUAGUCGAAAGACCGAAAAGUUGAAAGACAAAAGGUCGAAAGUUGAAAUGAAAGGGGGAAAGGUCGAACAUUUACCUUUUUGGUUCGGCCUCUUGCCCAUUAAUCUUGUGGGAGAAUCGAUGACGAAAGGUCGAACAACAAAAGGACGAAUUUGUUUUCGAUGUUUUGUUCGUCAACCUUUUGUCCCUAAACCAUGUGGGAAUAGAGGCAAUUGUAUACGGAGGAACCUAAAAUUUCGGAAAGAAAGAAUUUAUCAAUUCAUUCAUUAAGUAUACGGUUUAUCUGAUGAAUAUAUCACACAAUUUCCCUUACACAAAGUUGUUAAAGGGACAUUUCUGUGUUGAACUAUGUAAUUGUAUGAAGCUGCUCCUAGGAUUAGCCACGGAAUCUUAAUUCAUUUUUAAGCCUAUCUAAGCUUAAAACGUAACUGUUAGAUGGAUUAGUGUUAAAAAAGCUCAUACGCUGUACAAUAAUAUGGUUUACAAAAAUCAUACAAAUUAUAUCGCAGUUCCAGCCGGAGGAGGAAGCAAUCUGACACUUUGACCUUCUUCCACCUAAUUUUAAGUUAGUUCCAAAUACUUUAGUUUAAAAAUUUUGUUUUUAAUGUUGCGGAUGCGUUUAUUACCAAAGUUAUAGCGAGUUGUUUGUUUAAUUGUCAAUUUUAGUUAUAUAACAUAAAAUACGUAUAACUUCCAAUUUGAAUCAAGACUUAAGCGAUAUUUGCAUUUAGUAGAAACUAGCGUCUUAAACCCUAUCGUAAAUAAGUGGGAUGUACAUCUGUGUAAAGUAGCGAAGCGCAAGCAAAACACUAAAACUUAAGCUCGAAUUUAACCUAAUCAAAUCAGAAUAGAAUUCAAUAAAAAACAGGAUGAAGCACAGUAGUUUACCAACAUACAAACAAGAUUUCUUUUUUUCUCCUACUCUAAGCUUAUAAACUUAAUCAAAUCUAAAAAAAAGAAAAAAACGAUAAUAGCGAAUGAGAAGGCCAUAUUGACGUGCAUGGAUGUCGAACCACGAUUACCACACAAAUACCACUACGUUAGAGAAAACAAAGAAUCGAAACCCUCAUAAACCAACACUUACACUUGCACAUUCUCAACAGGUGGUUUGAUUCUGUAAUCUCUGUU